CACUCUCUUCGGCGUGGAUAUAAUGGGGCUUAGUCCCUUCAGCGUGAGCGUCUAUAGUCGCUCACUUCCGCGCGUGUUACUAUACCAUAUUCGCAACUUGCGCCAAGCGAUCGCUAGCAUCACCAUCAGCCAUGGUAGGUAUCACCCUGAGAACAGUCCGCGCGUCGACACAGACAAGAAUAGCUGCAACAGUCAAAUGCCUGCCAUAUGCCCGACAAAGGUUUCCACAAGAAACAGAAACACCUCCGGAGGAUUCUGCCGGUCGAUAGAGUUGGCGGGGAUAUACGAUCCACCAUUCACGGCGAUUCUUGAAACUUUAGAGUGUUUUCAUUUAAGUUAAUUACCCUGAGUGUAGAUCUUCAACCUCAAUUAUUCCGAAGCUAUACAUAUGAUAAAACAUCACUCUGGAGUGUUUAUAAAGAUGUUUCCCCGCCGUCGAAAGGAAGUACUUGCUAAGAAUCACACUUCUCCAGCUUGAAUAUCCCAAUAAUGCGUUCUUCUACGUUGUUAUCACUGGUGGGGUUGGCAGCAACAGCCUCAGCUCACGGUCAUGUUCACUACCACGUACUGGGCACUCAGACCUACACCGGCUACCUCCCCACCAAAACUCCGGAUUUCACAGCCGAUGCCCCCAGCAUCGUGCGACGGGUUGGCAGCGAUGGGCCGGUCGAGCUUCUGACCGGCGCCGAAAUGGCAUGCAACUUCAACGCCGUCCCAAUCCUCGACGGCGACGUUUCUCGCGUCGGGGCUGUCCAAGCAGGAACAAACAUCACAUUUGACUGGGACGCUGACUUCCCGCACUCCGGGCCAAUCUUGACGUAUAUGGCCAAGUGCGAGCCCGACUGCGGACAUUUCACUGGGAAUGAAGGGGCCGUCUGGUUCAAGAUCGAUGAGGCGGCUUAUGGCACGUCGUGGGCGACGCAGACUCUCUUCGAUCAGGACAACAAGUGGUACAGCAAGGUCCCCGAGUGUCUCGCGCCAGGCGAGUACCUGAUUCGACAUGAGAUUAUUGCUCUUUCAGGGUGCGCGAAGAUAAACAAGUGCCAGUUUUACCCCAGCUGUGCGCAGGUCAAGGUGGAGGGGAGCGGGACGGUGGUGCCAUCGACUGGUCUGAUUGCCUUCCCAGGGGGUUAUACGUUUGCGAAUGUCAAGUGGGAUUCAAACACACAGGCUCCAAAAGACUAUGUUCUGCCUGGUCCCCCAGUCUUCGAGUGUCCGUCUUAAAAAGUCGGGAAGAGCAGUCGGGAAGAGCAGCCGGGAAGAACAGCCGGGAAGAGCGGUCGGCAUCGUGGAAUGGACACGGGAAGUUCUAGGUCCGUU